AAUAAUGUAAUAUAGAGUCUAAAUUCCCAUCUAACUCUUCAAAAUCUUAUCCUGGAUACGAGAAAGCGGCACCCGAAGGACAAACACAAUUCGGCAAAGAUGGCCUCCGUCACCUCUCUCGUCUGCCUGUCGAAUCUGCCUUUCUCCUCACAAGCCCUCAGACGCUUCCAUGCAAUUCGCCUCUCCCCAUCUCCUACCUCGUUUAGCAUGAAGACAAGUCUUAGUUCCUCCAAAGUCCUCUUUACUUCCCUUCCAAUCCAUCCCCAUUUCUUCAUCGAUACUCCGAAGCCUUCAGCCUUCACAGUAUUCGCGACCAAGGGAUACAAGAUGAAGACCCACAAGGCUUCGGCGAAGCGUUUUAGGGUUACAGGUAGGGGGAAGAUAGUCCGGAGGCGAGCGGGGAAGCAGCAUCUCCUUGCGAAGAAGAAUAAUAAGCGGAAAUUGAGGCUUUCCAAAAUGCAUGCAGUGGACAAGAGUGAUUAUGAUAAUGUAAUUGGUGCACUGCCAUACCUUAAAGUGAAUCGGCAAGCAACCUGAAGCCUUGCCCACUUGAAAAAGAAUCCAUUCGAAACUUGCUUUUGUAAUAUUUUCAAGUAAUUUAAUUUCAAUUUGGACGUUUGUCAAUGCUCUACAUGUAAUUGUUGUUAUUGUACGUUCAAAAUUUUAUUUUGAUGCUAUUUUUCUUUCCAACA